AUGCUCGCCAUAUGUAGUGAGAAAAUUUUUAGGAUAGAAACGUCGGCCGUGGACCGGUCUUACUAUCGCCGAUCGGACACCAACCGGCAACGACUGAUACACAAGGCCAAGAUGAAAUCCCUCCGAAUCUCCGUCGUGAUAGUGGUCGUUUUCAUCGUCUGCUGGACACCGUACUACAUCAUGAUGCUGAUAUUUAUGUUCCUCAAUCCGACCGAAAGGCUCGGCGAGGACCUGCAGACGGGCAUUUUCUUCUUCGGGAUGUCGAACAGCCUAAUCAAUCCGCUCAUCUACGGGGCGUUCCAUCUGAUACCGAUCCGAAGGCGUCGCAAUCAGUACAAUCAACAUGUAAGGGAAGGAUCGGUCUAUUUUCAACGGUCAUCUACCUGCAACAAUCAGAAUGGCAACCACCACCAGCAGUUGUUGCAGCAGCCAGCAUCUCCGCCACCAGUUGGAACUCCAUUCGCAGCACCAUCAUCAUCACCAUUCCCACCAUCAUCAGCCGGUGCAGCCAAGAAACAGCUAUCUCGCCGCUAACCACAAGAUGUCUCACUCCCACUCGAACCUGGCGGAGGAAAUCUCGCUCAUGGCGCUGGAGAAG